AUUGUAGAUUUUGCCAAUGAGGAGGCCCAUCAAAUUACCUGCGAUCAGACCACCCAGAUCUCCGACUACGCCGAUGGACGGUCUUCCUCUGGAACCGAACGAUUUGACAAUGACGUAGAUCAGAGCAUCGUACUCGAGAUGCAUAAAUACCUUGGACGCGACAACCACAAUACAGGACUAGCGCGGGAUGGCACCCUAGUAACGUGA